GAAAUUAGUUGCUUGGCAUCUCUGCGAGUAUUGUUAUUUACAAAUGCACCUCAAAACAAUUGUCAAAAUCAUAUGUUUUAGAGAAGAACCAGUAAAGAAAGCAAAGGUAGAAAUUAGCAAAAGAUAUCACACUAAGCACUAAGCGAAUAAAAAUUUAACGCAGCUGAAAAAUAAGAAAAAGUAACCGUGAAAUUGAAUAGAAGGGAGUAUGUCUCCACGAUUUUAUUAUACACCCGGACCACAAUUACUAGGUGGUGGUAACAAAACAUGAAAAGCCGGUUUAUAGAAAUUGGAGUUACUUUCUGAAAGACUGCCUGGCUCCCACGCAAUUAAUAUAUACGACACUUAUAAAACUAAAAAUAUUCGGAUAGUUAAGAAUUGUGCUAGCAAAGGGUUGCGAAUAAUCCAAUGUUCAAAAGCAGCACAAUCGCUGGGACAGCAGCGCAAGGUCCCACGGCUGCAGCGACCAUCUCAGAUACAAAUAGAAUUACCAGUUUUAAUAAUAAGAUUACCACAGGUAUCACCCCAUCUAAGCGCAGCGCUGACCACAGAAGUCGUAGUAACAGUCGCUUCAUUAUAAAAAGGGGCAGUAGUAUCGGUAGUGAAACAUAUUUGCGCAAAUCAAAAGCCAAGCGUGAACCAUUCUUUUUCCUCAUCAUAAUGCGUUUGAACCUAAAGAAUUUCCUUUUCGCGCUUAUAGCAUUUGUGGUAUUCACCGGAGUAGUAUUAUAUUUAUUUUUUCCGGAUUUCUUAUUUCCGCACAACCUGGUUCGAAAUUGGGAUCGUCGACUCAAUAAAGACAGUACUUUUGUUUCAAGCACGAAUGAUGACACCCAUGCUUUGUUUUCGGCACCAUUACAGAAUAUUGAGUGCUGGAUAAAUCAAGAGUAUUCGAUACCUUGCAAACACAGUUCAGAAAAUAAUGAGGUCUAUGUACCAUUUUCGUUUCUGCGUAGCUAUUUUGAUAUUAGUGGUGCAAUGCUAGCGGUUACUAGCAGUAGCGUCAAUGACAAUAGCAAUAAUGGAGAUGAUAAUGUGGUGCCACGCUUUGCGUGGAUGCAUAGCAAUGCAAAAGUGAAUGUGCCUAAAGGCAAGUACGAUACUCGUGGACGCUUUGCGUAUUUUGAGAAUUAUAAUGUCGAGGUGCGUGAACGCGUUAAGUGUAUAAGUGCAGCCGACGGUGUGCCCAUAAGCACGCAAUGGGAAAAGAGUGGCUAUUUUUAUCCCACUCAAAUUGCUCAGUUCGCAUUGGCGCAUUAUAGUAAACACUUGGCUGAACCACCACCAAAAGUUAAGGUUCUGGAGGAUGCCGACACUAAUAAGGCCAACUGGCAAACGCCAAAGUCCAGCAACAUUUCACGCAUUUGGCAUCCUAAAUUCAACACCUCCGUCAUCCAAUAUGAAACUGCCAUCGGUUAUGAUAGCGCUGUGCGUUUGGAUAUCAACCAAACACUUGAGCUGGUACUAAGUGUUGAUCUGCUUUUGGUCACCAACAGUAGUAGCCUUAUGGUGAUGUUGCAGUCUCGCGAAACCAAACAUAAUUACAUACUGCACUACAUACCCGCCGACUUGCGGUUGAGCACGCAAGAGCAAAAUAUAUACUAUGGCAUGGGUACGAGUGCUGUAAAUCGGUGGCGUCAUAUUACACGCGAUCUUUUCAUCGAUGUGCAGAAAGGUGUCAUGAGUGGCAGCGACAAGAAGUCACAAUUAAAGAUACGACGCAAUGAAUUGCGUGUUACUGCGGUAGCGUUUCUAGGCGUAGGCUUUUUUGACAAUAUAACACUCUCCACAUACGACCACUUGGCACAUUUUUACGAUGCUGCCGAAUGGUUUAUUCACAAUCAGGAUAUGAAAACUGGCGGUUGGCCAAAUCCAGUGAAACGCAGUCUAAACGGCUUCACCGAACUCAAAGCCGGCUGGCUCUCGGCCAUGGGACAGGGGCACGCUAUUUCCGUGCUUGCGCGUGCCUACUAUCAUUCUGGUGGUGAUAAACGCUAUUUGAAAGCAGCGGCGCUUGGCUUGAAACCCUUUCGUGUGUUCUCCAAGGAUGGUGGCGUUCUGGCGCAAUUUGUGGACAAAUAUUAUUGGUACGAGGAAUAUCCGACCACGCCACCCUCUUUUGUACUAAAUGGUUUUAUUUACUCCCUACUGGGAUUGUACGAUUUAAAUUAUACAGCGCCAACAAACAUUGGACGCGAAGCUGGCAAGCUCUUCAACCAAGGCAUGUAUUCAUUAAAAAAAAUGUUGCUGCUUUAUGACACGGGUUCUGGUACUAGUUAUGAUCUGCGCCAUCUGAGUUUAGGCUCCGCACCGAAUUUGGCACGGGACGAUUACCACGCGACGCAUGUUAGUCAAUUACUGUUGUUAUCUACAAUCGAUAGUGAUCCACUGCUAAUGGAAACGGCAGAGCGAUGGAAAGGCUAUAUGUUUGGCAAGCGCGCCAAACACAAUUGAGGGCGGCACAGACGUGCGCAACACAAACAUUUAGCCUAUAAAAUCUUAGAGUGAUAUUUAACUUUUACUUUUUGUGAAAUUAAGUAUUCUUUUUACUUACUUUUAUUGAUAUACAAAAAUGCUUAUAUUGUUUUUUAAUUUUUUACAAUUUUUUAAGUGAAUAUUUUUAUAAACCCAAUAAUUCAGUAUAUUAAAAAGCAUAGUAUGAUAAGUUAAUUUAUUAUUGCUUGUAUGGCCACAAACUGCAUAUAAAUGAAUGGGUCACAAAUCAGUUGCCAGUUCGUGCACGAGCAAAAGAAAUAGGAAUAAAUUUCAUUAAAUUAUUAACUUUUAUUUAGAAAAUUCUUUACAUUUUUUUUAAGAAGUAUUAAUUGAAAACAUGCAGAGUUUUAAAAUAUAUAUAUAUUAUCUGGCAACGUCUUUAGAUAUUAAGCUAUUUUGCACAGGCCAAGCACAGGCUCUACUUUUGAUAGUACUUAUGAUUUUAUUUUUAGGAUUCUUGCCAAACUAUUUAUAACGAAUGCUUUAGAAACCUACCUUGCGCACUUUAUACGGUAUAUAACCGCCUAACCGGCUUUCCACAUUUCUGUAUAUGCUUGUUUCAUUUUUAGAAACAUAUUUUUUUUUUAUUAUGUGUUGAAUAUGAAAUAAAUUAAAUUAAAAAUAUUUGCUUAAAGUCAGAUAAACUAAACAUUUAGGGAAAGAAAGCAUACUUAAAAGUUGUUUUUACUUUUAUAAAUACUUACCAGUUGGGCACCUAUAAUUAAUCUGUCGUAUACUAUUGUAUAAUUUAUUUAUUUUUUAUUUCGUACUAGAAAAUAAAUACACGUUGUUACACUGUUAAAAAAAAUCGAGUUAGUAGUAGAGCUAGAGCUUAUAUCUUGCAUAUUUACACUCCCUAGACCACGCAUCUACAUUGAUGCUCACACACACAUGCAUACACAGCUAUGUAUAGAUGUACUAUAUAAUUUUACUGUAUUGUAGUCUGUUAAAUAAUCUAAUCCACAUGGAACGAUACAAUAAUUAGUUUAGGCAUUGUAGUGUUAAAAGAACGGGAGUAAUACAAAGUAGAAAAACCAAACACUUAACAACAACAACAAAAAAACAACAAAUUAUAAUAUACAUAAUGUAGUCAAGGUAAUAACUGCCAAAUCGUGACCAGAAACUUCUUGUUCUCAAGUAACGCAAGACGAGAGCAACAUUGCAACUUUGAGAGGAAAUCAUAAAUAAAAAUGUCCCAUUUUAAAAAUAAA